GCUCGCCGCGUAGUCUUGGGCUCAGCCUAGCAGCGGAAAGAGAGGCGCACCCCGAAGCCAGCCAGCCUGCCUGCCAGCCGCCACUCGAGCCGACAACACACACUACACUCGCCCACUGCGAGAUCAACAACCCUCUCAACGCACCCCAUCACCAGACGAUGCAAUGUGGCUGAGUGUGCUGGUUUGGACGGCAGCGGCAGUCGCUGGCGGCGCCGCUCAGUGCCCGCAGCACUGCCGCUGCGACGUGCUGACCUCCGUCUUCUCCUCGGCCCGCCUGGUGACGGCCGACUGCUCCUACCAGAAUCUAGACGAGGUCCCAUCCGACCAGAUCACGCCCGACACGGAGGCCCUGUCGCUGAAGGGAAACUUGCUGAAGGAGCUAUCGGCGACGCCUUCGUUCAGCCCGAGAUUGAAGGAGCUGGACGUGUCCAGCAACAGAAUAAAAAUCAUCGGCCGGGGAGUCUUCGGCACCAACAGUUCCAUCAGUUAUUUGAACCUGGCGAAAAACGAGCUUUCUACGAUAUUCAGUGACACUUUUGUGGGAUUGGAGAAUCUGGAGACGCUUGUGUUGAGUGACAACCGCAUCAAUUACAUCGAGGACGGCGCUUUCGUCAUGUUGAACAAUCUGAAAGGACUCAACCUGGACUCAAACAUGAUCGGGUCGCUGUACGAGGAGUGGUUCCUCGGCUUGCGUAACCUGGCGAACCUUAGUCUCGCGCACAACAUCAUCCACCACGUGAACCGCAACGUUUUCAGAGCCACCGACAGGCUGCAGAGGUUGGUGCUCAGCGGCAACAGGAUCAACGGCAUCGAGCCGCAAGGCUUUGCAGGCCUGUCGCAGCUGCAGACGCUCCUCCUGGACAACAACCUGUUGGCCGUCAUCCCGAACUCCGCCCUGCAGACCCUGGGAAACCUCAGGGUGCUCAGGGUCGAUAUGAAUCCGAUUAACAAACUGCAAGCCUACUCAUUCAGCGAGUUGAGCGUGAAGGAAAUUUCAGCAUCGCGGAUGAGCGACCUCCGCAUUGUCGACGGCUUCUCCUUCCACAACCUGUACAACCUGACCACCCUCUUGAUGGAGGACAACGACAAGCUGGACUUCAUCGACCCCGAGGCGUUCACCAACACCACCAAGCUGGCCGUCCUGAACCUGGACAACAACCACCUGCGGGGCUUGAGUCGUCAGCUGGUCGACGCCAUGCCGUCUUUGCGCAUCUCGCUGCUGAACAACCCUCUGGUCUGCGACUGCAACUACUUCUGGGUCAAGCAGAACCGCGCCAAGUUCGUCAGCCCGCAAAACAUGUCCUGCGCCGCGACCAGGGUGCUGGCCGAGGAGUGCGGGCCGCAGGUCGUGCACAUCAGCGCCGCCAACAUGAGCAGGAAGCUGGGCGAUCCGCUGACCCUGGAGUGCCGGGCGCUGGGCGUGCCGAUUCCCAAACUGCACUGGAUCCUGCCGGACGGCACGGUGCUCAACGCCACGUCCAACUCGGUGCGUCUGCGGCUGCGCAACCCCGGCACCCUGAUUUUCUACCACCUCAAGGCGACGGACAGCGGCGUGUACACCUGCGUUGCCGAGAACAAGGUGGCCACCGCCCGGACGAACGUCAGCUUGGUGGUCAGCGGCAUCGACAUCAACCUCUUCCCCACGGGCAUUUCCGCGAAUUUCGUGACGCUGGUGUGGAACGGCACGGCACGCAACUCGUUCCCCACCUACCAGAUCCUGUACCGGCGACAGAACGAGGCGGAAAACUGGUCCAGCGUGGCGGUGAGCUCUUUCGUGCGGUCGUACACCAUCAGCCAGCUGGCGCCGGACACGACGUACCGCUUCUGCAUCACCUUCGAGGACAAGCAGUCUGGAUUCUACGUCAACAUCUCGUGCACCCUGGCCAAGACGCAGCACGCCACCUUCAUGCUGCAGGGCAUCCAGAACAACAAACGCUCCUUCAACGUCCUCUUCACCGUGGUGCUGUCCGUGUUCGUGGUGACGCUGCUGGCGCUGCUCGUGUACAAAAGACGAACCAUCCAGCACCGCCUGCUCUACGAGACGCCGAACGAGGAGAAGAGCUCGACGCCGAUCGCCUCCACGUCCAACAUUCCCAUGGACAAUCUGUACAGCCCGCUCAUCUCGAACGCUGGCUCGUGACAGUCGGCCGGCUCCUCCAGCCGCCACUAGACUCGUGCCAAACUUGAACACUCGUGCCGCCGUCUUUCACAGCAGAUAAAGCAGGACGCCAAGAUUUUUUAUACCGCUUUUGAUAGGGCAGCCGUAAAAAAACGCGAUCGCGCGCCGACACUUUCGAUAUUCAAUCGCCGGCCCAUUUCCUCUCCGUCGCUAAUGGAAGGCGUAAUUAGUCGCAUUUGCUGCGGUCCCACUCUGAAAUCCUCUUAUUGAUCUCGACGCCCCCGAGAGCAUAAUUCACUUUGAUAAAGAGUCGGCAAGUGCGAGCCCAGCUUUCUCAUGGAGCUUAUUAUCGGCGGGCCUCUCGCAGCCGGGAGCCCAUAAAACAUCUCCCUUAAUAAAAUUUCCCAUUGCCAUUUCGCCCGCAGCCUUUCGGGACCCUUGACUCGGCAAUUGAUCUUUUUAUGUAUUUAGUGUGUUUUCCCUCGGCCCCGAUGCGAUCCCUCCAAUUUAUUUUCAUUUUCCGCCCACGAUGUACCGGUGGUGGCGCCUCCGGAGGAACAAAAGACGCGUUCGGCGGCACAGUAUUUGCCCAAGCACCGGGCGUAUACAUAAGACACACGCACACACAUACAUACACUGGGCUCAAUCGCGCAGCAGGCGGCUAAUCCCUUGGCGCGCGAUGAGCUCCGAAUAUCCUGCCAAAACGUCAAGUCGUCCAUUUUCUAGCCGAUAAGAUGUAACUCAUUAAGGACAACUUGCAAAUUUAUACAUCAAAACCUGCUGCUGUUCGAAGAUAUAUUAUAUUAUAUACUUGUACCUAGCGGAAAUCCAGCUUAAUCUGGUUGAAGUUUGUUGAACACCAAACCGUCAUCAAGUUAUUCGAGACGCGGGUCGAACUAUAAUUCUCCAGAAUUAAGGCCGUGAAACUUGAAACUUAAAUUAAUAACUGACUAAUCCAGAAUACGCAUUAAUGUCAUUGUAAAAUACCCAAGUUAAAAAGAAAAAAGUCUGCUUGUACGUAACUCUUGUGCUUGUCUAGUAAACACGUACACGGGAAUAAAUUUAAACUCCUUUCGCUCUCGCACUCUUUAAAAUGGAUAAUUUAACAGUUUUAACGCUCACAAAGAAAAACACAUAUUUUCCUAGGCACUCGUAAAUGGAUUUUGAAAAAGACGAAUAGAAAUUCACGCUCAAUAAUAACGAAACACGAACUAAAUACGAUGAAAAAAGUCAAUUCCUCUAACUGAGACCUGUGUUUCGAAUAACCGGGAAUAAAUCGUGCCGCCGCUAAUUCACACAGAACUGCUGCUUCAACUCUUCGCAUGAUUGUUGUUAAAUGUGUCUGGUGGAAAGAAAUUCUAAAAAUCGCACACCUAUUUUCUAUUUGGAUGGCGCCGCGUUUUGUUUUCAGCUAGUCUUGAAUCCGCUCAAAGGACGAAAACAAACCCUCUCACUGACUCUCUCUGUGUGUGUGCCGUGUAUUUCCUUUGACCGACAAAACCACCGACGAGACGAAUGCAAACAAAAACAGACAAACACAGUGGAAGUGGUGGUGCGCGGAACACAUAACUGUUGGUGGAUGUGCAAAUAAAAAGCGGCGCUGAUAAUGAAUAAUUUGCUUGAAUAAAACAGAGACCGUUCGGCAAACA